AUAGCUGCUAGUACGUUCAUUCACUUAAUAUCUAGCGUGGUUGCUGCCUCAAAAUGUAUUCAACAUUGAACGGUAACAGCGAUUUUUACCCCGAAUCUUAUUUAGCUGAACAUAAACUUAAUAGUGAUGGGGUUUAUGAUACUGAUAGAUACGUCUUAAGCUUUGACGAGGUAAAUAUAAUUGCUAUUAUUAUAUAGCCGUUUUCGUCGAUUUUAAUGUUGUUUUUGCUGUUUUAAUAAUUUUCAUUCCUUUUUCCCCCUCUUUACCUUUUCUUCUCUCUCUUCUUCUUAUAUGACUAUUGCUACCAGCAAUAUUUAUCUGGACACUUCUCCGUCUCUCUCUUUCUUAUUCACAGUGCGGAUUAUUAUUUAUGCUUUAUCGUUUUGUUCUAGAAGAUAUGAUAACUAACGUUUUGAUAUUUUCUCCGCUUUGUUUUUGUCUUAGCAAAAAGAUAUUCCUAUGUAGAAAGAUUUUGCUUAUGUCUUUCUUUCACUUUUAUAGUCAAAGUUUAAAGAGGAAAUGGAAAAAUACCUGCCAAAGGACGAGCCAGUUGACCCCUUAUCGAUAUCUCAAAUCUUUGAACAAACAGAAUGUUUGCAAACGCCUUCGCUCGAUGGGAAAGCGAAGGUAAUUUCAAAACAAGAAUGGUCUUAUCAAGAUAAUAACUGUCAAUCAAACUGGCCAACUGUCAAGCAAGAACCUGCCGACGCUUGGACUCCUCCUAAUAUGCCAUUAACGCCUCCAAAUAGCCAACCGUCUUCUCCAACUCCCCUACAUAAACAUGUUCCCGUAAAGCAACCCCUUACUCCAGUUACAAAUAGGCCUAGAAAGACUCACGCCGGCUGCACGACAAUUAAAUAUAAUAGAAAAACCAACUCUGAUCUGGAAAAGAGAAGAAUACAUAGGUGCCAUUAUCCAGGUUGCGGUAAAGCUUAUACGAAAAGCUCACACUUGAAAGCUCAUCAAAGACUUCAUACAGGGGAAAAACCUUACAGAUGUCAUUUCACGGGUUGCAAUUGUCGAUUUGCCAGAUCUGACGAAUUGACCCGACAUCAUCGAAAACAUACCGGCUAUAAACCUUUUAAGUGUUCUGCUUGUGGAAGGUCAUUUGCACGAUCAGACCAUCUAGCCCUUCAUCAAAAGAGGCAUAGGCCGAAAAAUACAGAUUGACAUUUUUAAAUCUAUAUAGAAAUAUAAAUUUCAAAUACUACC